AUGUGGCCAAUUUCCCAGCCCUCACCAGAGGUGAAGCAACUUGUACACCGCUUCUUCUCUUUGGUAGACACCAAUUCGGAAGAAGUAGGGCAAACCAUAGCGGAUGAGAUCUUUACCCAGGAUGGCUUGAUGGUCACGGCGAAUGCCAUGUUUCAAGGGUCUGCCGAAAUAUCGCAAUCUAGAAAGGGCGCCUGGACGACGGUGAAGAGUCGACGGCAUAGCAUCUUGAAGAGCUAUGUGAACGACGCAGAUGGCACGGAUCUCUUUUUAAUCGGCAAUUUGAAAAUGAAGACAUUGGAUGGAACACAGAUGAACAUGGAGUUUGUUGCUCGGAUGAAAAUCAUAGAACAACAGUCGGGGCCCAGAAUACGCAAAUAUCAGGUUGUCAGUCCAACUCCACAGGUCGCAUGGCCUAUCAUGGAAGCUGAAUGA